GUUUGAUCACGUGACCUACCCCGGCGACGAAAUGUUUUGAUGCCGUAUUGACACAUAAUAAUGAAAGAUUCGUGAAUUUUAACACGGGGAAUGUGAAAAAUAUGCCAAGCUGAUGAUGAGAUUUGGGUUACAUUUGGAUUGAUUGUUUAUUUCGUUUUCUAGUCGAGAGGUUUUGGAUUAAUUUCGGCCAAAAUGAGCCACCUUAUGACUGAGACAGAAAAAGGCCCGGGGCCUUGGAUUGAAAAGCAACCUGACCCGCUGGCCAACUAUAAUAGUUUAACAGAUGGCCAUCUAACAGGAUAUUUUGCUAAUGCCAGAAAACGAAAACAUCUCCGUAAAGUUGGACUGAUUAGUCGCAGUGGACAUCUUGUAUCUGAAAAUACCUACAGAAUAAAUACGGCACGGAAAGAACAUAGGAAGCACAUUAAAAAUCUGUUAGCCCAGGCUAUUGUAGAAAAAACACUUGAUCUAGAGCGCCAUAGACAAAAUAUUAUAAAACAAAAAUUAGAAGAAAUUGCAAAAAUGGAGCUAGUUCAACGUGUGCGGGAAGAAGAAAAAGAAAGACCUGUCACAAAGUGGUCAUCUCGACCAAAUAGUGCCAUACCCACCUCCACUCAGAAAGUUAAACUACUACCUCGAGCACAAUCGGCAUCAGAAAAAAGACCAAAUGAAGAAGACAUAUUACCAUUUCUGUCACCCCGGUCUCCACGGCGACCUAUUUCAGGACCUGCUGCAACAAAAUCUGUUGGAAGUCCUAAAGGAAAAUAUCGACCAAUCAGUGCUCCUCAGCGUAAACGUCCUGAAUCAGGAUCCACGAAAACAUCAACUAAUUACGAUGAUGAAGAUGAAGAAGAUGUUGAAUAUUUAGAUAUCUCGCCACGAAGAAAUGGUGAAAAUAGAAAUGAUAAUGGUGUAGAUUUUAAACAGUUAUAUUCAUUAAAUGCAGCUGCCUUAAGAAAAUAUGCAAUGACAUUGGCUAAGAUUGAACAAGGUCGUGGAGGUAUGUCACCGUAUAAUAUAACAACUCAAGUUCCGCUACCACCGAAAUCUCCACGAAGAGAACACAAUACGUCCGCUAGAUCUCGUAGAUAUAAAGAUGGUGGUUUGUCUGACAGAUCACCUACUAGAAGAACAGCUAGUGGUCAGGCAUAUUUACAUCAGAUGGACUCAAUCACAGUUCACCCAGGUCAGUUACAAUCUAUGGUUGAAGUGACGAUGAGAUAUCAUGGAUGGAAGUUAUCUCUUGCUCGUGAUGAACUUGAUCCUAGAAAUCAGGUGAUUAUAGAACAACAACACUGUGGUGGAAAUACACUGACAGUCUUUAAAGAAAAACUUCUACCUAAAAGUGACUUUACAUUUGUUUCACAUCGUCACCGAGGUUAUCCGUUUAGUUUAACAAUCUAUGUCGAUGGUAGAAUGGAUUCUAGAGUCAGCACAUGUUGUGAAUACAGGCACGCUAAGCAUGUCCGACUUGGUGGACCGAAUGGCCAUUUUAGUAUUGUUAGUGUAACAGGAAAUAUGCCAUGUUAUAAAUGUCAAGUACAAAGAGGUGGAAAAAAGAAAAAGAAGAAACAACCAUCAGCUCAACCUGAAGAUGGAACUGAAGAAAUUAUUUUGGAAGCACAUCAGACACCAGAGACUGAAGUACAAAUGCAGAAUUCAGUGGAAGAAGGAAACCAAGAACAGAUUCUUGUACCCGUAGAAAAUGACAUAGUUGAAGUGAAACCCAUAGAAGAAGCAUGCGAAAACUAUGACGAUGAUUUUGAAGAUUCAGACGUGGAAAAAGAUAAAAAAGAUGAAAGUAAGGAGAAUGUUGAAGAAGAAGAAGAGUUAGAUAAUCGUGAAAUAAGAGGAUUAUCUUUAGAAUCACCGAGAGAUUCAUUGAACGACACACCUGUAACAGUUUUAGAAAAAGAUGAAGAAGUUCUCCUAAAUGGAAGAAAGAUUGAUGCAUAUUCAUCUGAAGAAGAAGAUCUAGAUGGUCCUGUUAGUAAAGUAGUUAUUGUAGAAACAGAUGAGGAGGAUCAGGAAGCCCCUAGACAACAGAUCAGGCAGACGUCACAAGAAAAAAUCUGCAAAAAAACAGAAAAAGGUCAACCAAAGAAAACAGUUCCAGUUAAACCUCAAAAAGCAGGAAAAUCGCCACAGAAUAUCCAUUCUUCUAAAACAGUAACACCCCCAGCUUCUCCUGUAGACUCACAAGAGAUCAAACGUUCAAAAGAAACGACCCCUCCUCCACCUGUAGAGUCGUCAGCAGAAACAUAUUCCACAGAAGAUUCUGAAUCUGAGUCUCCAGUUAAUUCAACUUUACAGGAACUAAGUCCAAAAAGAAACGAAAUUGUCACCAAGUCAACCCCAACUGUAAUACAAAAAAGGUCAGAAAGUGUGGAAAACAGUCCUACAAAUGAAAAGGAAUCUUCAAGUUCUUCCCCAAUAUUAGUGUCCAAUCAAAGCAGUCCAAUCAAAACACCAGAAAUAAUUCACACAGUAUGGACAGAUGAGGAAACAGAAAGUUCACAGUCACCUAUUUCAGACUCAGAGCAUGAAGAUAUGGGCAACAAACGUGGAAAAAUUGCAAACAAAAUAAUUGAAGAAUUUGGAAAGCCUGAUGGGGCGAGUACUUAUGAGGCUGAUGACGAGGGAACUGAAAGAAGUUCUGACCAAUUAAAGAACCAGCGUGUUGCAAGCGAAAUCAUAAGAUCUUUUGGUAAAGACCAAGAAGAUGCUGAACAAUCUAAAAAUCAAAGAAUAUCCGGUGAAAUUAUUAAAACUUUUGGAACUAAUCAAGAUGAAAUUCAAAAGGACAAAAGAGUGGCAGAAGAAAUUCUUGAACAGUUUGGACAAAAGGAGUCUUCUGGUAGCAGUGAUAAGAGGGUGGCAGAGGCGAUCCUAAAAGAAUUUGGUGAAAAAGACCCUGAGAGUCAAAAUGUACCAGAAGGCAACAAGGACCAACGCAUAGCUGAAGAAAUGUUAAAACAAUUUGGACAAAAAGACUCUGGAAGUGAGAAUAGAUCAGAAGGUAAAAAGGACCAACGAGUUGCUGAAGAGAUGCUGAAACAGUUUGGUGACAAGGAAUCUGAAGGCAGCAAAGACCAAAGAGUUGCUGAAGAGAUGCUAAAACAAUUUGGUCAGAAAGACCCAGAAGGUAACAACGAUAAAAGGGUAGCUCAAGAGAUCCUAAGAGAGUUCGGUGGUAAAAAAACUGAUGGUAGAGUAGAUGAAGAAAUGUUAAAAGAAUUAGAGAAAAAUGAAUCUGAAGGCAGCAAAAACCAAAGAGUAGCUGAGGAGAUGCUAAAACAGUUUGGCCAGAAUGAUUCCCAGACAUAUAACCUGAAUAAAGAAUCCAUUCAGAUCGAGAAAGAACAAACACCAGUUGUGAAGGAGUCUGCCUCCAUGGUUUCAAGAUCUCCAGCUGAUAAUACUUCAUCUCUCAAUCCAGAUACCAACCAAAAAAAGAUUAGUCCAGGAUCUGAUACUUCAAUUGAUUCAACUGAAAAAGAAAUUCUGCAGAAGAAAAGAGAUUCUCAAGAGUUCUUUAAACCAGCUCUGGAGAAGAAACAAAUGUCUUUAUCAGAUUCCAGUAGCAGCUCUGGAUCAGAUUCAGAUUCUGAGACAACUUCAGGAUCUAGUACAGACAGUGAAACUGACGUUGAAACUACACAAACAAAAUCGUCAUCUGUUGCAGAUGAGAAACCUACACUAACACCAGAACCUUCAAACAUAACUUCAGGACCAUCAUCCACCACGCCUCAACAAUCAUCUGUGGCACAACAUACUUCAGUUAUAGAACCUUCCACAAAUAUUACUGACUCUGGAGAGCAAAAAGCUACAAGCAAAACUAACGCUGUGUCUGAAGACAGCAGUUCUGAUUCUGAUACUGAUUCAGAUAGUGAUGAUUCCAGUAGUUCUGAUUCAGUGUCAUCCACAUCUGGUUCAGAUAAUGAGAGUGAAGUGAAAAAGACUGGAGACACACAAACUGAUGAAACCAAACCUGAAGUAAAUGAACAAUCUGUAGAAAAUGAUAAAAAGGAAAAAGAUGCUGUGAAUCCCGAAGAAAGUGCCAACAAGGAGAAACGAUCACCCCCAAAGGAUGACACUGUUGCUUCGACAGAAAAUCAAAAUGGCGAUACAACAACCACUGCUGAAGAAAAACAAGUGAAUGGGAAAGGGAAAACGAAGUCGGUGAGGUUUCGCAAUACUCCUGAACCAAUGGAAAACCGGGUUUCAAAUGGCCAUGCUGAAACAGAAGAAAAUGAUGAUGGCGAAGAUGAAGAACCUACAGUGAGAACGUUUUUAUCUAAAUCUGGUGUAGCGCCGAAUAAAAUACAUGCUGGGAGUAUAAAACAUCUUCUGGAUGAUAGUAACGAUAUACAGCUUGAUGGUAUAUACCUCGAGAAACAUCAGAUUGAAGAAAUAUGUGAUAUUGUAAAAGAAAGAGAAGAUUUAAAAACAUUAAGUCUACAUAAUGCUGGUUUAAAGGAUGAAGACUUGAACAAAAUAUCGGAUGCAUUAAUUUGCUCCCCUUCUGAACCCGUGAUGUUAAAUUUCAUGUUAAAUGAAUUAACCAGUAAAAGUAUGGAGUUUCUGGUGGAGGUGAUGAGAGCUGAACCAACCCUGGACAUUUUACUUUUACAGGGUAAUGAAAUCGGAGAUGAGGGAGUUCGAAUUCUAGCAGACGGCAUAGUUGACAUACAUCUUGAUGCAAGGCAGCGAAGGAAAAAUUCGCUAAUACGUCAAUCAUCCGAACUUCAGGUCGUACAAAUUCAUGCUCAUCAAGAUGGAAGCGUCCCACAAGCCCCACCACAACGUCGUAAUAGUAGUUUAUUCGAUCCAGCACGGAACGCAAGAUUCUGUCGUCUUGGGGAACUGGAUCUAGGCGAUACUGGACUUACCGAUGACGGAAUGGAACACGUUGCUAGGAUGCUGGAACAAAACGUCUACCUUGAAACGUUGAGUUUAAGCUCGAACAUAGAAAUCGGUAAGAGAGGAUGGUUACGAUUGAGUAAAGCCUUGGAAAAGAAUCGCAGAUUGCAGACGUUAACUUUGGAUUUCAAUAACAUUGGUGAUGACGGGAUAACUUUACUAUGCAGAGGUUUAAAGGACAACCGAACAAUUAAUGCAAUAGAUUUGGAAGAGACUGGCAUUGGUGAACGGGGUGGCCGGAUGUUACUUGAACUUUUAAAACGCAACACAACGAUACUGGACAUGACCUUGACCCCUGGUAAUAAUAUUCCAGAAUCCAUUCUUAACGAAAUCAAACGUUAUUUACUCUUGAACCAAGCCGCGGACGGUUACUAAGCUAUGGGUGAUAAGAUUAAAUAGGAUUUAAGUUGGGGACUGGAUAAAAUGAAUAAUAGUUUGGUUUCUAAUGGUAACAAUAUACAAUAUUGGCUACACAACGUCACUAUAUUGGAAUAAAUUGGAGGUACAAACUUCUUGUCUACAAAUUUAAUGUCAACUGAACUGUACAGUUUUAUUGUAAAAUUGUUUUAUGGGUAUAACCUGCAUAAUAUUAUUGUCUAAUACUUUCUACAAAAUAUCGAAUCGGUGAAAUAUUUGUCAAAAUUUACAAUUGUUUUGAUAACUGUUUUUUCUUCAUCUAACUUUUUUGCCCGAAUCAUUGACAUUAUAUCAUCAUCGUGGGCAAAUCUAUCACUUAACAUUUAUCACAGAUCUUAACGUGCAUCCUUUAAGAAUAACUACCGAGUAUAUAAUUUUAAUGAAACUUUUCUUAAUAAUCAUACACAAACUGUGUCAAUUGCCAUAAUCUUCAGGAAUUUAUCAAAUGCAAAUUAGGACCAAAUCAGAACGUUUCAUUACCCCACCGAAUAGAAUAAAACUGUCAAAAAAUUGUUAAUAAUAGUUCGGAGGUUAGGUGUUGAGGGGGGGGGGGCAUUAAAUAAUAAUUAACAAAAUUAACACACCUUUAUAGGAUCGAAUCAAAGGGUUUCAUCCCUACACCGAAUAACAGGAAGUAACCCGAAAAUGUUUAAUAAUAUUUCGGAAGAGGGAUAGGGUGGGGACAUAAUUAUACUUAAUAAAGAAAUAUGUUUAAAUUUAUUUUAAUUUAUCUAAAGUCAUAUAAAUAUAUAUUUGUAAUAACAUUAUUGGCGAAACCUUAGUUUGGAAGCUAAUACGUUGAUAAAUAUGAGUACAUUCCAUUUUGUUAUUAUUUUGUAAUACACCUAUUUAUUGGAAUAUUUAUUUAAUAGGAGAAGAUAAUAACACGAAAAUACAGAGAGUAACAUUAUAUGACAUUAUUAAUCUUAUAUACUUUA